AUGGGGAAACGACAUCAGGAACUGAAGUUGUUGGAGACGAAUUUGAAGAAGACCGUGGAGAAAAGUGAGGACUUGUUGGAUUUGAGGAACGAAAUCGAGGUUUUGAGACGUGAUCUUCUCUUGAAAAACGCAAUCAGUUCUCCUCCUCAGCAAGCUCCAAAAUCUUCCCAAAACGAUCAACUGACCGCUCGGUGGUUGGCAGAGAGCGUAAACGCUCUCCGAUCGGAGAUGUUAGAACUCCAAAAGACCAGCAACGCAUCUUCCAUUCUAGUCAUCCAGCAAAAAAAUGCCUGUGAGACCAGAUUGGCGGUCCUGAGAAACGAUUUGGUGUCGCUGAGCGGCCAAUGCCAGAAGGGAAAAAGCGAGUUAAUCGAGCUCCAGGAAGUAGUAAAAGAGGCGAGAGAGGACAUCAAGGAGAAUCAGCUAAAUAUUGCCCAGAUCGGUCUGGACGUUUCCACUAAAGACUAUCAGAGUGACAACCCACAUAGUUCUAGAAUCAAAAACAGACACAACCGAUUCUUGAAGAAGCAGCUACGUGAUCUUCAAGUCACCAAUAUGAAACUUGCAGAAAACCAACGCGAUUUGGAGAAACGCCUAGACGCCAUGUCUAACCAAAAAGCAACAGCUGAUGAAAUACAAAAAAUCCAAACCAAUCAAGAUAAAAUCCUUAAAAACAUGAUGAAUUUAACAGUGCAGGUUGGUGAUAUGGACAAACUGCGUGUAUCGAUGCUAGAACUAUUAGAAAACGUUGAGAAUCUUGAGAAUAAGCUGGACCGCACUCUGCCCGAAUACAAGAAGGAGAUCUCCAAAUUGGAAUUCAGCAACGCACAAAUUGUAUCUGAGCAGAAUCUUCUCAAAGAAGAUGGAGACAAUGUGAAGAAUUCCAUGAAAGCCAUAGUGGUCAGUUUGUCGAAUCUGAUGGACGCCAAGGACGUCGAAAAGAACGAUAUCAGAUCUUUGAAGGAUGGUUUGGCGAAGCUGGAAGCUGUCGAGGGACACAGGAAGGAGCGACUUGCCAAUAGAAUCAAUAAGGUGCCCUCUAAUCAUACAAAAUCCUCCAAAACAAAACCAGAAGUCAACAAAAACAUGCCAGAAGGAGACAUUCCACAAUUAGUCCAACAAUUGGAAACCGUAGAACGAGAAUAUCGUGACAUAGUCAACAAGCUUCCACGAGAUUGCGCCGAAGCUACAAACCAACAAGGCUUGUAUCUCUUAUCCCCCGGGCCUGGGCAGCCUAUAAUGACCCAUUGCUCUGGUGCCUGGACAACUGUACAACGCCGACACGAUGGCAGUGUAGAUUUCAACAGAAAUUGGGAAGAGUACGCUACAGGAUUUGGUAACCCUGGUGCGGAAUUUUGGAUUGGAAACGAAGCCUUGCACAGGUUGACAUCCGACAACUGCAGCGAGCUUAGGAUAAGGAUGACUGAUAUAUAUGACAACAUCUGGUCAGCAGAUUACGAUGUGUUCACAGUUGCUAAUAGAAACGAAGGCUAUCGCUUGAGAGUAUCAGGAUACCAGGGCAAUGCUAGCGACGCCUUAUCCUACCAAGACGACAUGCAAUUCUCGGCCAUCGAUGAUGACCGAGACAUCUCCAACACGCACUGUGCUGGCAACUACGAAGGCGGCUGGUGGUUCUCCCAUUGCCAGCAUGCCAAUCUGAACGGCCGAUACAAUCUUGGCCUGACCUGGUUCGAUUCUGGUCGAAACGAGUGGAUAGCCGUCAAGAGCAGCGACAUGAUGGUAAGAAGACGGCAGGGAUGUCACUGA